UGGUCCGUGUAAAAAUACAGGACACACAAAAGAACACGAACCCUGAACAGUUUCUACUACUAGUAUACUCUAUAUACAUUUCUCAAAACGAAUACAGAUUCUAGUUUUCCUUUUUUCCCAAAUUAGGGUUUUUUAUUCUCUUUUUGAGAUACUACAGUUUUUUUUUUAUUUAAAAAAUGGCUAAUACUUAUACUGCUGAAACUUCCUCUAAUGGAGAAUUCGAUGAUGUCGAAGAUUUUGUCUUGGAAGAUGAUGAUAAUACUUCGCGAGAACGAAUCAAUCAGAUUAAUGAUUUAAUGCAGAAGGGUAAUAAAGCUUUUCGUGAUAAUCGUCUUGAAGAUUCAAUCACUUGUUACUCUAAAGCUCUCAGUCUCAAGCCUGGUGAUCCAAUUAUUCUAAGCAAUAGAAGUGCUGCUUUUACCAGGAUUAGCACAUUUUUGAAACAUAGAUCUGCUGCUGACUCUGAAUACCGACCAGUGAAUGGGCUAGAUCCUACAACACAUGCUGAACUUGCAUUAAAGGAUGCGGAGAAGGCUAUAAACAUACGAAGUAAUUCAGCAAAAUCAUAUUUUCUGAAGGCCAGUGCUCUCAUAUUGCUAGAACGAUAUGAUGAUGCACAUGAAACUCUGCUUUCCGGGCUUCAUAUUGAUCCUCUCAGCAACCACCUUCAGGUAUCCCUCCGUAACUUGGAGGCGAUUUCGGGCGGUUCAACGAAGAGGAUAAAACAUGGGAAACCCCAACGUACCGACGAUUUCGAUUGCACAGUUUGCUUAAAGUUGUUAUAUGAGCCGAUAACAACUCCUUGUGGGCAUUCUUUUUGCCGAGGUUGUCUGUUUCAGUCUAUGGAUCAUGGUAAUAAAUGUCCUAUGUGCCGGACAGUACUUUUCAUUAGUCCUCGUACAUGUUCGAUCAGUGUGACACUCAAUAACAUAAUACAGAAGAACUUCCCAGAUGAAUAUGCAGAGAGAAAAUCAGAAAACGAGACUUUGUCAAACAUGGGCGUUCAUCUGUUACCUCUUUUUGUCAUGGACGUAGUCCUGCCAUGCCAGAAGUUAUCACUAAAUAUAUUUGAACCCCGGUAUAGACUGAUGGUGAGAAGGAUAAUGGAAGGAAAUCAUCGGAUGGGAAUGGUUGUCAUUGAUUCAGCAACAGGUUCUAUAGCUGAUUUUGCUUGUGAAGUGGAAAUAACUGAGUGUGAGCCACUUCCAGAUGGACGUUUUUAUUUAGAGGUUGAAGGACGCCGAAGAUGUCGUAUACUCCGGUCUUGGGAUCAAGACGGGUAUCGUGUUGCCGAGGUUGAGUGGGUUCAGGAUAUCGGUCCACCGCAAGGGACAAGAGAAUGGGAAGAUUUGCAGGCAACUACUAGUGAUGCUGCAGAUCUUGCUUGUUCAUUGAUAAGGUGUGCGAAAGAAGCAGCACGGGGAGAUAGGAGAUCAAGGCGUUCAGCAAUUUUACAAGCCGAAAGAAUGCCUGGACCACAAGAUCCUGAGCUUUUCAGUUUCUGGCUUGUUAAUUUAGUGAACCUGAGGCCAUCAGAGAGACUGGAUCUUUUGCGGCUAAGAGAUAGUCGACAGAGGAUACAGCGAGGACUUGUACAUUUGAAAGCUCAAGAACAAGGCUGCAGUGUUCAAUAACAAAUUGGCAGCCAACAUGCUUCAAUUUGUUUGCCAUAUAAAUAUAUAUGACAGCAUAAGUUUAUAUAUAUAUAAAAGAAAAAUUCAUAUUCUUUGGAUCCACUAAAUUUAUUGUGGAAUGUGGAUAUUGGUCUUUAUUGUAACAAAUUUAAAUCUCAACUCAACCACCUUUGUAAUACAUAUUAUCCUUUUCCA